AUGGUUGAGAAGGAACCACCUUUUAUAACCUUAUUACCUUCCCCGAACAACUCAGAUCAACAAGAGCAACCAUCUAUUCAAUCGGCUCCACCCGUUGAGAACAUGUAUCACCACCCCUCUCAAAUGUCUGCCCCUCAAUCACCACCGCAAGUGCAGCAACCCAGCCAAGCAGAUAACAUGCAUCGCUAUCCACCACCUCAAGGCGAAAUACCUCAAUCGCCUCAGACAUCGAAUCAAUACCCCCAGUAUUCCUACGACAUUCAAUUGCGGUAUCCGCAAGGCGAGCAACAAGCCCAUCCUCAAAAUCCACAACAUCACUAUCCCCCACCACCAGGUCCAUCCGGCCUUCCUCUCCCCUCCAUGUCCCAGGGUCUACGCCCAUUGAGUCAGGCCUAUCCGCCUCCACCGCAACAGGAAAUGCCUCCGCCAGAUACGACGGGCCAGAUUGCACCGCCUGGAGCGAGGAGACCAAGUGUGACGGCUACUUUGUGGGAGGAUGAGGGGACGUUGUGUUUUCAGGUCGAUGUCAAUGGGACUUGUGUUGCACGUCGUGAAGACAACCACAUGAUAAACGGCACCAAACUCCUCAACGUCGCCGGCAUGACCCGCGGCCGACGCGACGGCAUCCUCAAAGCCGAACGCCAGAAACACGUCGUGAAGAUCGGUCCGAUGCACCUAAAAGGCGUCUGGAUCCCGUUUGAAAAAGCGCUCGAGUUCGCGAACCGUGAGCGGAUCACCGAGAAGCUGUAUCCGCUGUUCGUGCAUAACAUCGGCGCGUUGUUGUAUCAUCCCGCGAAUGGAGGUGGGAACGGAGGGUGGGCGCGGAGGGAGAGCGUGCAGAGCCAGCAGAGUAAUGGGAGGGAGAGGGAGGAUUACGCGAAUGAUCAGAGGUUGGCGAGUGAGCAGCUGCAUGCGCAGCAGCAGCAGAGGAUGUAUGAGGGGUUCCCCGCUCCGGAUCAGAGGUCGGGGUGA